AUGGAUCAGAUUAAGUUUGGUCAUUGUCCAACUAUUUCAAGGACGUAUUAUGUAUUCUGCAAAUCAUUGAGCAGUGAAAGUCUAUACAGAGAUGUACUCGUUGGAGAACAUCAAGUCGUAGCAUUUCACUUGGAAAAUGUUACAAGUUUUUUGAAAUUGAAGGUAUACCUUAGUAACAGCGGUGAGGAGUUAGACUCCAGAAUAAUGCAAGUUCCUUUUGGUGAGAUUGCAGAAGGACUCGGGCUGAAAUUAGAAGGGGAUAAUUUGUGGAGUCGUGGAGAUCGGCUGCGUACAAGGUUAAUGGAUCAGAACAGCCACACCCUUGUAAUCUUGGAUGAUGUUUGGGAGGCUCUUCGUGAUAUAGAGAAACUUGGAAUUCCCAGUGGUAGCAACCGCAAUCAUCGGUGCAAAGUGACAUUCACAACGCGUUUCCGAUCUGUUUGUGAAGCAAUGGGAGCUCAGAAGAUCAUGGAAGUUGGAAUGUUAUCUGAAGAGGAAGCAUGGUUCCUUUUCAGGCAGAAAGUCGGUGAUUUUGUCGAUGAUUCAUCUCUUCAAGGCAUAGCAAAAGAGGUUGCCAAUGAAUGCAAGGGGCUGCCGCUUGCAAUUAUUACAGUUGCAGGAGCACUAAAAAAGCAUAAAAACAAGCGUUCGUGGGACUGUGCCCUUGAAGAAUUACGUGGUGCAGUAACAGUAAGUAUCCCUGAAGUGCCCAAAGAGUUGUAUAAACCUCUGAGGCUAAGCUAUGAUUACUUGGGAAGUAAUGAAGCCAAAUACCUCUUUUUGCUUUGUUCCUUGUUCGAGGAAGAUAGUGAUAUUUGGAUUGAAGAAUUGCUUAAUUAUGGAAUGGGGCUUCACAUCUUUCCAGGAAUAAAAAAUUUAGAACAAGCAAGAGAUAAGGUGUAUUCUCUGUUAGAAACAUUGGAAGAUGGUUUUUUGUUAUCCCAAGGUUCAAACAAAAACUAUGUCAAAAUGCAUGAUGUGGUCCGUGAUGUGGCUAAAUAUAUUGCGACCGAGAGAGAGCAUAUAUUUAUGGUAAGUCAUGAUGUGAACUCAGAAGAGUUCCCAAGAAAAGACUCUUACGAGCAAUGUAGUCACAUGUCAAUUGUUGCAAAUAAAUUUGAGGAGCUUCCUAGCCCAAUAAUUUGCCCAAAACUGAAGCUAUUAAUGUUGAAACUCCGGUUUGAAGAUCCAUUCAAAUUACAGGAUGAUUUUUUUGAUGAAAUGAGUAACCUCAAUGUCUUGAGCCUGAGUGGAUAUGAUGAGGACUCCAUUCUGUCUUUUCCAGCAUCCAUUAGGAGGUUGUCAAGUCUGAGGACGCUGUGUCUGAGUAAUUUAAGGUUGGAUGACAUAUCCUUUAUUGGGGAACUUGUCGAAUUAGAAAUUGUCAGCAUAAGAGAUUGUAAGUUAGAUGAGCUGCCAGAGGAGAUAGGAAAAUUGACCAAGCUAAUUAGGUUAGAGUGUUGGAAUGGGUAUAGAAAACUUAAAAGGAUUUCAGGAGGGGUGUUAUCAAAAUUACUAGCUCAAUUGGAGGAACUACAUAUUCUGGAAGUAGAAGAUUUGAGUGAUGUGAUGUACAGUAACCUUGGCCUUCCCUCCAAGUUGACACGGUACACUCUUGAAAUGUGUUAUUGGAAUUCAAGAUUUGAUGAAUACGACAAGAUUAUUGCUUUAAAGGUCACGGAGACCAGACCAUUGGGUGAUUGGAUCUGCCACCUGUUGAAGGAAGGCGAACUCAUACAUUCAACCGGGGAAGGCUCUAAUAAUGUGUUAACUGAGUUGCAGCUGAAUGAAUUUCAGAACGUGAAAUGUCUCCACCUCUCUGAAUGUGAUUUAAUGACACAUUUAUUGAAGAGGACACAUGAAGUAAUCAAGUUCCCCAAUUUAUAUGAGUUGGAGCUUGAAAAUCUGAAAUGUCUGACUCACAUUUGCAGUGACAAUGUUGAGCGCAUUGAGUUCCCUCUGUUACAAACAAUGUUCUUGUAUGAACUACCUGAGUUCCAGAAUUUCAGGCCUACAGCCAACAACUCAAAUCCUCUUUUUGAUGAAAAGGUUUGCUUCUUAUCACAAAAAUGUUACCUUUUACUUGAGCAUUAAAGAUAUUUACUUAAACAAAGUCUAUUGCUUAGAUAUAUC